AUGGUCCUACGCAAGGAUGCGACGCCAGUUGUCCAGCCAGCUCGGCGGGUGCCCUUGGCGCUGAGGGAACCUCUGAGGGAGGAGCUGGAGCGCAUGCAGCGAAGUGGCAUCAUUGAGAGGGUCCAGAAACCGACAGACUGGUAUGUACCAGGAAAGAAAUUCUUUCUCGCAGACAUGCUAUCCAGGGCUCCAGGGACAGCGACUAAGGCCUACUCCGACGACACGGAAGAUGUGGAGGUCCACGCGGUUGCAGUCAUGUCAACCUUGGUACGACUUCAGCCACGUCACGUCAAGCCCCGAGUUCCCGCGAUCGAAUGGACUCGCUGAGAAGGGGGUUCAGAUUGUGAAAAGAAUCCUAAAGAAAACGGAAGAAACAAAACAAGGCUUCUGGCUCGGGUUGCUCAACUACAGAUCCACUCCGCUCGAAGAUGGCCGCUCCCCUGGUGAACUCUUGCAGGGCAGGAGGCUUCGCACUCUACUCCCAGACUUCAGGCAGCAGCCAAGCAUACCAGUAUUCAAGCGAGCCCAGGCAGACACUCGGGGGAGAACG